CUGACAGUGACACGUCGGUUUGUUUAGCAUCAGUCAUCUGGUAACAUUUUUGGACGCUGAAAUGGUGACGUUGUGACAAAACUAACCAUAGGAUAAUAUAUUUUACUUCAAUACAGUGAAGCAAUAGACCAUGGAGUCCCUGUAUCACCAGACAAAUAAAUUAAUCCAGGAAGUACAAGGCGACUUGGGGAAAGUGGAAAGGACCACAGUUGGAAAUCAUGUUCACCUGAUAGAAAACGAAAUACAGGCUCAUAUAGACCAUAUUGUUAGUAAUUGUGAACGCCUAGAGAUCUUGGUAAAUAAGGAGCCACCGACUCGCCGUGCCCACGCCAAAAUGAGAGUUGACCAGCUAAAAUACGAUUGUCAACACAUUCAGGCGGCACUACGACAGAUACAACACAAACGUUAUGUUAGAGAAGAAGAGGAACGAGAAAGAGAAGCACUUCUCACACGUACUUUUACCACUAAUGACCAAGAUCGUGACACAUCAAUCCAGAUAGAUGCAGGAGUAGCUCACAAUGAACGACUUCGAAGCUCUCAUCGUGAUAUAGAUAACCUUCUAGGUUCUGGAAACAGCAUUAUAGACAAUUUAAGGGAUCAGCGGGUCACUCUGAAGGGUGCACACAAAAAGAUGUUAGAUGUUGCAAAUGUGUUAGGACUCAGUAAUACAGUGAUGAGACUGAUAGAGAAACGCAGCUAUCAGGACAAGUACAUCUUGUUUGGGGGAAUGGUUGUCACAUGUAUCAUUAUGUAUCUGGUUUGGAGUUAUCUGACCUGAUGUUUUGGUCGUUGUUGAUUUUGAUGUCAAGCAUUAAGUUUAUUAUAAGGAUCAUAUGGUAUAUUCAUGUGGUAUAAUUAGGACUAACACAGCUACAUCAAACAGGAUGUGUUUCAAACAAUGUCAGUAUUUAUUUAAGAUUAAAAUAUUAUUAUGAAAAAAAAUGUAGCAACUUUUUUACAUGUUUUGAUUACAGAUUUGAUUUGAAAUCAAUUGAUGUGUUUGAAUUAGUCUUUAAAUGUAAUUGAUAAGACACCAACAAACCUGCCUUUCAAGUUUUGUAAUACCUACAUUACAAUUGUUACCUAUCCUAAAAUUUCCAUCAGUCGAACAUGUUAAAGUGACAUCACAGUAAAAACAUUAAUUUUGUUACUGGUUGUACACAUUUUAUACACCUCCUUUUUAUGUUUCUUUGAUAUCAGGAUAUUCACAGUCAAUGUCCAGUUUGUACUUCUUUGGUUCGGGAUACCCCUAUAAAAUUUAGCACUGAUAAUGUCAUGUGAUAGUUUUAAAAAACGUAGCAGACCAUUUGCCAACACAAACGCAUGAUGGCGGGCAUAGAUGACAGCAACAUAGUGAUACUGUCAGUAAAUCCUGUUUUUCAGUACUAGAUUUUGUGUUUUGAGUGUUACAAAAUUUAUUGACAACUCUUAAGUCAAUUCAGAAUAACAGACAUUAUUCUCCAGCACAACCGAUUCAGGCAUGUAGCCAUGUUUGUUUACAGCUACCAUGUUUUUUCAUAUGCAUCAUAUAUGACAUAUAAAUUUACAUAUCCUGACUGUUAACCAACAGAUAAGGAUUUCCAUUUUACAAUUAUUAAUUAACCACAUCAUGUGCAUAUUUCAGGGAAAACCAACAGUCUUUGUUCAUGAGGUGAUACACCUGAUAUGAAAAUGUGAUGAUAAAAAAAUCGCAAAAAAAAAAGGUUAAAAAAAAUACUGUGAUGUCACUGUAACAGUUUCCUCAAGUAUCUGAAAGUGAAGUCUAUUUUGGAGACCAAAAGAAAUUAUUGAUAUUAAGGAAUUGUUUAAAAUAUUGGAGCAAAGCAGAUUUGUUUUCCUCUCUUUAUGAAUGUAUUUGUUUUAUAUACAUAUUUCGU